AUGGAAAAGGUUUACGAAUACUACCGUGAGACACCAGAAGGCCCCAUUAGCCUUUUAAACGCUGGACCUAAAGAGCAUGCAAAAUUACGAAAAUGGUUUGCGCCAUUUUUUUCCGACCGGGGAAUGAAGGAGCAGGAAAAAAUAAUUAGUGGUUACGUCGACCUUAUUAUCCGGCGGUUAUCUGAGAACUUAGAGGAUGGAACCCGAGUUUUGGAUGUUCGUAACUGGUUUAACUUUUGUACCUUUAACAUACUCGGAAAGCUCGCCUUUUCCAGCUCGUUUGGCUGCCUCGAAUUAGCCAGAUAUUACCCCUGGGAGUUUAUGGGUUAUACAAUCGAUAAACUGAACAAUCGCAUAAAGUUGGGCUCACGGCCCGACAUUAUCGAGUCGCUGCUUAAUAAUAAGGAGGGAAUUAAAAUUGAUAUAAAGCGACUAGUACAAAAUUCCACCCUCCUCAUCGCGGCCGGGUUUAAAACGACAGCCACACUCCUAACUGCGACUAUUUACCUUUUUCUGACGAAUUCUAAGGCUUACGACAAGGUCACCGACGAAGUGCGAAACUCUUUUUCGGAUCCUUCGGAGAUUAAUUUAACGUCGGUUAAUAAGCUUUUAUACAUGCUUGUUUGUUUGGAUGAAGCCCUGCGAAUUUUCCCUGUAAUACCGUUAUGGUUUCCGAGAAGGGUAACCAAACACGAAGCUGUAAUUAAUGGCAACAUUAUUCCUCAAGGUACUUUUGUCGCCAUUUGGCAAUGGCCAAUAUACUAUAGCGAGAAGAAUUUCUCCAAACCACUAGAGUAUUACCCGGAACGUUUCCUUGGUGAUCCUGAAUUUUCCCGAAACAGACUGGACGCAGUGCAGCCCUUUAAUACGGGCCAUGCAAAUUGCAUCGGACGCAAUUUGGCAUAUUCGGAAAUGCGCCUGAUUUUAGCAAGGAUUUUCUUCAAUUUUAACCUGAAGUUUGCCGAUUAG